AUGUCGCCAUCAUUACCCGCGCCCAAGGCGCUCGCCAAUGCAGCUGGAGGAAAGGUAGAGCGCGAGUCGACAUCUGCCCGAAUACUCGGCGCAGGCACAGCCGGUCUCGCCGAACUCCUCGUCUUCCACCCCGUCGACACAAUAGCCAAACGUCUGAUGUCCAACCAGACCCGAGUAACAUCUUCGUCCCAACUCAACUCCGUCAUCUUCAAGUCACACGCUUCCGACCCGAUUACAGGCCGAUUCUUCUCCCUCUUCCCUGGUCUAGGCUAUGCCGCUGCAUACAAGAUCCUGCAACGAAUAUACAAAUUCGGCGGACAGCCAUUCGUACGAGACUACCUACAGACGAACCACCGCGGAGAAUUCGACAGAACAUUCGGCGCGAGCAAUGGCAAGGCGAUCUUACAUGCGACGGCAGGAAGUCUAAUCGGUAUCGGCGAGAUCGUACUCUUACCCCUAGACGUCCUCAAAAUCAAACGCCAAACAAACCCGGAAGCCUUCCGAGGCCGAGGCGUGAUGAAGAUUGUAGCAGACGAAGGCUUUGGUCUCUACCGCGGCUGGGGUUGGACCGCCGCCCGCAACGCCCCCGGCUCCUUCGCCCUCUUCGGCGGCAGCGCAGCAGCCAAACAAUACCUCUUCGAGCUCUCCGACUACAACUCUGCGACCUGGUUCCAGAAUUUCAUCGCUUCGAUCGCUGGGUCCAGUGCUAGUUUGAUCGUGUCUGCGCCGCUGGAUGUAGUGAAGACGAGGAUCCAGAAUCGAAAUUUCGAGAUCAAGGAGAGUGGUGCUAAGGUUAUUAGUAAUAUGAUUAGACAUGAAGGGUUUUCGGCCUUCUUCAAGGGCCUGGUGCCGAAGCUGUUGAUGACGGGGCCGAAGUUGACGUUCUCGUUUUGGUUGGCGCAGACGCUUAUUCCGGCGUUCAAUAAGGUGAUGUGA